AAAAGGAUUUUAAAGUUCUUCAUCCUGUCUGCUAUGUUUCCGAUUCAGUGUCCCAUUUUGAUAGUCUCCCUCUAUGCCUAUAUGAAUGGCACUUCGUUUCAGCACCACAGAGGUGGACAGCGAAACUUUGAGGAUUGUUUAAAACACAGAGCCAAACUGUUGUCGGUCUCUGCACAAUGUCACUUUUUGAUUCAAAACACAAAGUCAGUCUGUCUUUUCAAUUGGUCAACUAAUAAGAACGCAGGCAGUAUUUGGAUUUUGUAAUCGGAUUACAUUUUAUUGCAUUAACAGUACUGGCUACAUGUAACAGCAUCCUGUACCGCAUUUCAUACACUCAAGCUGCUAUGUGGCACAUCAUUUCAAGGGCAGCUGUGUCUUUAACAGCCUUCCUCACUUCCCUUCUUAUUGGAUGGUAGAAAUGGAUGUUGUGCACCAGUGAAAUGUAAAAGUGUACAAAGAGAUCUACUCCUUCCCCCUGCAGCUUCAGCACCGUAAGCACUUACACUGCAAGGAGCUGAAUGAGAGCGAGUGAUGUUCUUAUCGAAUUUAUAAAAGAAAUUUGUUUAUUUUCUUUUCUGUGUGAAGUGAUGAUGGAUCUUAGUUUUGGAUUAAUAAUUUAUGACAAUGGAUGGUAACUUUCUCCUUUUCGGUUAUCCUUGUGGAAAAUAUUUCUAACAAAGCGGGGAUGACAAAGAGAAUAGGAUACCGAGACUGGAGAUGGCAGGCUCUGUGGUGGCAUCAUUUCUUUCUCUUGUGGAGUACAAUAAACGGACAGACUCGUUACAGCAUCCCAGAGGAACUAAGGCAGGGCUCUGUGGUUGGAAAUUUAGCCAAAGAUCUUGGUUUGGGACUAGCAGACAUUUUUGACCACAACCUGCGUGUUGACUCUGAGGCUGGUAAGCAGUAUUUCAUUGUGGAUGCGGGGAAGGGCGAGUUGGUGGUGAAUGACAGAAUAGACAGAGAGGCUCUGUGUGGACAAAGCGCCAGCUGUGUGUUGCCUCUGCAGGUUGUUAUUGAGGACCCACUACAGUUACAUCGAACUGAGGUUGAAAUAGGAGAUAUUAAUGACAAUUCUCCAAGUUUCCUUUCAAACGAAUUAUCUCUAAAAAUAGCCGAAUCAGCAGCGGUUGGCACGCGCUUUCUUUUGGAGAGUGCAACGGACCCGGACGUGGGAAGUAAUUCACUCAAAUCAUACACUCUGAGUAAAAAUGAUUGUUGUUCCCUUAAAAUAAAAGAAAUUGAAGGUGGUAAAACCGUUCCAGAACUAGUUUUAGAAAAGCCCCUAGAUCGAGAGAAAAAAGCUGUUCACAAAAUAUUACUAACAGCAUUAGAUGGGGGGUCUCCAGUAAGAUCCGGGACCUCACAAAUAACCAUAAGUGUGCUUGAUAUAAAUGAUAAUUUCCCGAUGUUUGAGAAAAACGUUUACAAAGUAACCCUGGAUGAAAGAAGUAUAAAGGGAACUGUUAUUAUCAAACCCAAAGCGACAGAUGCAGAUGAAGGUUCAAAUGGUGAAAUAGAAUUUUCAUUUGGCUCUCGGACACCUGAUUCUGUGUUGUCAGUCUUCGAUAUUAACCCCUUAACAGGUGAAAUCACUCUCAAAGGGGAGUUAGACUAUGAAACUACCAAGUCAUAUGACAUUGAUGUAAUUGCAAAAGAUAAAGGCAGUCCUGAGAUGGAGGGUCACUGUCGUGUGCAGGUUGAUAUUAGUGAUUUCAAUGAUAAUGCACCAGAAAUUGUUGUCACUUCUCAACCAAAGCCAGUGCGCGAAGACGCACCAAGUGGCACAGUGGUGGCUUUGAUCAGCGCACGAGAUCUUGACUCUGCUGAUAACGCCAAAGUAACAUUACUACUCACCGAUGGUUUUCCCUUUAAUUUGAAACCAUCAUUUUCUAAUAAUUACGCGCUGGUUACCAGUGGUCCUUUAGAUAGAGAGAGCUGGUCAGACUAUAACAUUGAGAUAACAGCCACUGAUUCAGGCGCUCCUCCUCUGUCCAGUAAGAAAACUAUACCUGUCACCAUCACUGAUGUCAAUGACAACCCUCCUGUAUUCACUCAGCCCUCCUAUAUUGUGUAUUUAAAAGAGAAUGGAGUACCAGGCUCCAUACUGUACUCAGUAUCAGCAUCUGACCUGGAUUCUGGAGAAAACGCCAAAGUCUCUUACUCUAUACUGGACUCUAAAGUGCAGGACGUGUCUGUCUCGUCUUACGUUUACAUUAACUCAGAUAACGGCAGCAUCUACAGCAUGCACUCGUUUGACUAUGAGAAGCUGAAGGUGUUUCAGAUUCAGGUUCAGGCAAAGGACCAGGGCUCUCCGUCUCUCAGCAGCAACGCCACAGUCCAUGUUUUUAUCCUGGACCAGAACGACAAUGCCCCCACUGUUAUUUAUCCCUCCUCCGCUGCCCUGGGCUCCCUCUCUCAUCAGAGGAUGCCCCGCUCCGCUAAAGCAGGUCACCUGGUCACUAAGGUGACGGCCGUGGACGCUGACUCGGGCCACAACGCCUGGGUCUCCUACAAAGUGGCGGAGGCCACAGACGCCUCUCUGUUCACUGUCAACCUGUACACAGGGGAGGUGAGGACUAAACGUCCUGUGUCCGAGCAGGACGACUCCUCCCAGAGGCUGCUUAUAGAGAUCAAAGACGACGGGGAACCGGUCCAGUCCGCCACCAUCACGGUGUCCAUCCUGCUGGAGGACGGUCUCCAUGAGCCCAUCUUAGACCUCCGACAGAAAGUGGUCGAGCCCAGCAAGAAAACUGGGAGAAUCACCCUUUAUCUGAUUCUGUCUCUGGCCUCGGUGUCCGUGCUGUCGCUGCUGACUUUUCUCAUCUUAGCAGUUAAAUGCAUCAGGAGCAGCAGAAGCAGCGGAAGCUGCUGCAUGAGACGGAGCGACUGUGAUGAUUACAAGAACCCCAACAGAAACCUGCAGAUUCAGCUCAACACCGACGGACCUAUAAAGUACGUGGAGGUCCUGGGAGGAGACAUGUUGUCUCAGAGUCAGUCCUUCAGGUCCUGUAUGUCUCCAAUGUCAGAGUACAGUGAUUUCACUUUGAUCAAGCCCAGCAGCACCACUGACUUUAAGGAGGUCAUCAGUGUCCUGGAUGCGUCUUUACCCGACAGCACCUGGACCUUUGAGAGCCAGCAGCAAAAAACCCCCAACAAUGACUGGCGCUUCACACAGGGACAGAGACCUGGACCUAGUGGUCCCCACAUGCCAUACGGUACACACAUACGAUGGACGCCGAAGAGUGGGACAAGGGCAACUGGAGGACCUGAGGUUGCCAUGGGAACAGGCCCCUGGCCCCAGCCCCCUACUGAAGCUGAGCAGCUCCAGGCGCUGAUGGCUGCAGCCAACGAAGUGAGCGAGGCUACGGCCACCCUGGGACCCGGCACCAUGGGCCUCAGCACGCGCUACAGCCCCCAGUUCACUCUGCAGCACGUGCCUGACUACCGCCAGAAUGUCUACAUCCCUGGCAGCACAGCCACCCUCACCUCCAACCCCCAGCAGCAGCAGGCCACGGCCCAGCAGGCCACCCAGCAGGCCCUGCCCCCGCCCCAGGCCUCGGCCCAGCCCGAGCCCCCCAAGGCCGCCCAGACCCCUGCCUCCAAGAAGAAGUCCACCAAGAAGGAGAAGAAGUAGGUGCAGAUGGAGAGAGAGGUGGAAGAACGAUGGACCCGGCCUGCUCUGAUGAGAAGUUCAACCCCCCACCCCCUCCCAAUAGGUAUCUUACUGCUCUGUUAUUCCUUAUGCUAGCCACAGUCAAAAUAACGACAGCAGGUCACACGGAUGAUGCUGAUGGUUCUUUGAACGGAUCUCUAGAAGAAUCUGAAUGUGUUGGAGGCUGCAGCUGGUGCUGAUAACCUGUGCUGUACUGAAGGUCUAGUAUUACUUAUCCAACCUUUGUUGGUAGAUAUGUUUGGCAGGGGAUGAGGGGUUACUCUGAUUUUAUUUAGUUUUUCCUUUAUUUCUUUUUUUUCCUAGUAAAAUGAAAGAGUCAGUGUAAGUAACCUUGCUGGGAUGACAAGGCUGAUGUAUUCAGAGAUGUACCGCUAAGGUCUUUCAUGUUGGA